GACCAUGUGAAACAACAUUCCUUUCAAUCUCGUGGUGUUCAAAAGUCAGUCGAUUCGGCUGAACUAAAUCACCCCAAAAACGCAUUACUACUACUGCUACAUUACAUAAACAUAACUAUGGCUAAGUCAAAAACUGAAACUAAAAUUAAGUCAACUACCGAGAAGGUAAAAAAAGGGAAGAAAGAAAAGGCUCCGCCACCUCCCGAGUCUUCUAGCGAUGAGAGCGAAGAAGAAGUAACUACUAAAGUUGCAAAGAAAAAUGUUAAUGGUGUUGCAAAUGGCAAAUCAAAUGGAAAAGCUAAAGAUAUAAAGAAGAAAUCUAAAAAGGAUUCUAGCUCUGAAGAUAGUAGCAGUGAAGAAGAUGAGAAACCUGUGAAAAAAGAAACAGUAAAGAAACCAGCUGCUAAAAAAGAAUCCAGUUCUGAUGAUAGUAGUGACAAGGAAGAAAAAAAACCAGCCCCAAAGAAAACUCCUGCUAAAAAAGAGGAAUCGAGUUCAGAUGAUAGCAGUGAUGAAGAUGAAAAACCUGCAGUUAAGAAGGCCACAAAAAAAGUUCCUGCUAAAAAAGAAAAAUCGAGUUCAGAAGAAAGUUCAGACGAAGAAAAAAAACCUGCUGCUAAAAAAGCACCUGCAAAGAAAACACCUGGCAAAAAAGAGGAAUCUAGUUCCGAAGAGAGUUCAGAUGAAGAAAAAGAACAAAAGAAACCCACACCAAAAAAAACACUUCCAAAGAAGACUCCCAAAAAGGAAGAGUCCAGUUCAGAAGAAAGUUCUGAUGAGGAAGAAAAAGCACCACCAAAAAAAGCACUUCCAAAGGAGACUCCCAAAAAGGAAGAGUCCAGUUCAGAAGAAAGUUCUGAUGAGGAAGAAAAAGCACCCACAAAGACAGCACCUGUAAAGAAAACGGCUGCCAAAAAAGAAGAAUCUAGUUCAGAAGAAAGUUCUGACGAGGAAGAGAAAAAAGCUUCAAAGAAAGCACCUGCUAAGAAAACACCUGCAAAAAAAGACGCAUCAAGUUCAGAGGAAAGUUCGGAUGACGAAAAAGAGAAACCCGAAGCUGCCACCAAGAAAGCUGCUGCUGCCAAGGACGAAUCAAGUGAUGAAAGCAGUGACGAAGAAGAAGAAGAAGAAAAAGGACAGAAAAAAGGAAAAAGGAAAGCUUCUAAAGAGUCAAGCUCUGAAGAAAGUAGCGAUGAAGAGGAGAAACCAAAGAAGAAGAAAGCUAAAGCUCAAGAAACUAAGAAAAGGAAAGCUGAAGACGAUGAAGAUGACGAAAGCAAUAAUAAUUUUAAAACUCCUAAAAAGUCAAAAGGUGAACCCGCUAGUGUUUUUAUUGGUGGACUGGCAUAUAGCACUGUAGAAGAAACAUUAAAAGAGUUUUUAGAAAAUAAUGAUCUGCAACCAACCAGUGUUCGAAUCAUAUCACGUGAUGGCCAAUCGAAGGGAUUUGGUUAUGCUGAUUUUGAUAGCGCUGAAGAAGCUGCUAAAUGCAUAAAUUUAUCUGGCUCAGAGUUAGAUGGGCGUAGGAUAAGAUGUGAUAACGCUGAUAACAAAUCAACGCCAUCGAGUGGUGGACGCGGCCGUGGCGGAAGAGGUUCUUUUGGCUCUGGAGGACGUGGUCGAGGAGGAAGAGGUUCGUUUGGCUCUGGUGGCGGAGGAAAUAGGUUCGAUAACGAAACUCCGACAAAGCUCCUUAUGGUAAAAAACUUGUCUUACAACACAGACAAUUAUAGUCUCGCUGCGGCGUUUGAAGGAGCUAACGAUGCUCGAGUAGUAAAAGAUCGUGAAACUGGAAACUCCAGAGGAUUUGCCUUUGUGGAGUACGAUGAUGUCGAUUCUGCUACCAAAGCGCGAAAAGCUAUGCUUAAUCAAGAACUUGAUGGCCGAGCAAUCAAUAUUGUGUUUGCUACGCCUAAAGAAAGUUUCGGUGGUGGUCGUGGUGGAGGUCGCGGUGGAUCAGGUGGAAGGGGACGUGGUGGCGGCUUUGGAAGAGGGCGUGGCGGCCGCGGUGGGGGUCCUACAGCAGCAAGUAAGGGUUCCAUUCAAAAGUUUGAAGGAUCCAAAUUAACUUUUGGUGAUGAUUCCGAUUAAGAAGUGGACAAAUGAGGUUAUACUCAAAGGCUGGAGCUGGUCGAGAAACGACCUUUCCAUGAGUAGACACAAAUACUUGUAGUUCUACACGAUAUUCGUGUGAAUAUCAGAAAUAUCGAUGAAGCGGUUCGAUUUUAACGACUAACUGUUUUAUUUGCCAUUUUUUUACUAACAACGUGCGGAGUUUUUUAUCUGCCGGAUAUUGCUUAAAAUUUUAUUUUUAUUUCUUUUUAACAUAUACAAAUUUUCUUAUAUUGGCAGGAUAACUUAACAAAGUCUUCUACAUUUUAGUAAAAAAAAUUCUGAAGGUGGUAAUUUUUUCUCAUUUGUGAAACUUUAGGCUUAGGUAUUUCUAUUUUAUCGUACAUUUUCUAGCGCUGGGGUAGGAAAUUUCAUUAUUUUGAGUUGCUAUAGCGUUGUGUAAAUAUAAAUAUAGUAAUGCAGUUGUUCAGAAACAUCUAAAGAACAAAA